CUCUACCAGUAAGGCAAGCAACGUAAGCUGAUGUACUGAAUGUGUGAGAUAACCUUCUUAUAAUGGAGUCUCUCCGUUUGCAGUCAGAUUCUACAGGGAGUGAGAAUGGUUUAGUAGUGACUGAAGAAAAUGGGUCAGAUGCUGAGGAUGAGCCUCUCCUCAAAGAGAAUCCACACCGUUUUGUCAUCUUCCCCAUCCAGUAUCCUGACAUUUGGAAAAUGUAUAAACAGGCACAGGCAUCGUUCUGGACUGUCGAAGAGGUUGAUUUAUCAAAGGAUCUCGUUCACUGGGAUAGCCUGAAACCAGAGGAGAAAUUCUUCAUCUCACAUGUCCUGGCUUUCUUUGCUGCGAGUGAUGGAAUUGUCAAUGAAAACCUGGUUCAGAGGUUCAGCCAGGAGGUACAGGUCCCAGAGGCACGCUGUUUCUAUGGGUUCCAGGUCCUCAUUGAGAAUGUGCACUCAGAAAUGUACAGCCUUCUAAUACAAACAUACAUCAGAGAUUCAAAGGAAAGAGAUACUUUAUUUAACGCUAUUGAGACUAUGCCUUGUGUGAAAAGGAAAGCAGACUGGGCUUUGCAAUGGAUCUCUGACAGAAAAUCAACUUUUGGUGAGCGAUUAGUUGCCUUUGCUGCAGUGGAAGGGAUCUUUUUCUCUGGUUCCUUUGCUGCCAUAUACUGGCUGAAAAAGAGAGGACUCAUGCCUGGACUCACCUUCUCCAACGAGCUCAUCAGCAGAGAUGAGGGACUUCAUUGUAAUUUUGCCUGUCUAAUGUUUAAAUCUCUUGUGAACAAACCUUCAGAAGAGAGAGUCAAAGAGAUCCUCACCAGUGCAGUCAGUAUUGAGCAGGACUUCCUAACAGAGUCUUUACCUGUAAACCUCAUUGGAAUGAACUGUACCCUGAUGAAGCAGUACAUUGAGUUUGUAGCAGACCGCCUGUUGAUAGAUCUGGGCUGCUCAAAGGUAUUUAAAACAGGAAAUCCAUUUGAUUUCAUGGAGUCAAUCUCUCUGGAAGGGAAAACAAACUUCUUUGAAAAGCGGGUAGCGGAGUACCAAAGAAUGGGGGUGAUGGCUAACACAGUGGACUGUACUUUCACAUUAGAUGCAGACUUUUAAAAAUACAGAUUUUGUUGUUUGUUUUAAAGUGUUUUAUUCUUUUAUCUUUAAACAUGUGCAUAUUUGUUUUAUUUGGUCAACUUUAAGGAUUUUUCUUGACCCUCUCCAAAACUUAGAACUGUAUUCAGUUCAGCAGACCACCAAUAGUUUGGGUUCUCUGAAGUGAUUGCUGCUUGUUAAUUCUCUAAUAGCUGCCAUAGAAUAUACAGUACUGAGAGAAUGUAUUCCAUUACAGUCUAAAAUCAACUCCACAUGGGUGACCCAGAUCAUGAUAAUUGCUGAAGAUUGGAGAAAAUAAAUUCUCUACACAUUAGUACAUCCGUGUUUUUUUUUUUUUUAAAGCUUUAUUUCCUAUAUUGUGUUUCAGACACAAAAUCAUGUUUCCUAGCAACUAUCCAAUGUCUAGUGCAGGUUGAUAAUACUUGGAAGUAUUAUUUGGGGUUUUUGUGGGUUUGUAAACCUCCCCUUCCUUUCUAGCAUCUUUUCAGAUGGAACGGUUACUCAGUGGGCUUACACCCAUUAGCGUCCCAAUUCAUGAGCCAACUGCUUCAAGUGAGUCACCAAUAAAGCUUAUACAGCAGUGAGUCACCAAUAAAGCUUAUACAGCAGUGAGUCACCAAUAAAGCUUAUACAGCAGUGAGUCACCAAUAAAGCUUAUACAGCAGUGAACUACCAGAGCUCAUUGCUAGUGUUGGGGGAGUUAAGAGCCUCAGGUACCUGUUCUCUCACACACCUCUGCUUAACUGAUGGGAAUCGCAUUGCAGAUGCUAACAUCUUAUACCAAGAUGGUUUCUACCUCCUUCCAUCACCAUCCGCCACCCUAUUUAAACAGCUCCAGUACAGUAUUUAGGUUUGCUACCAUUUUGAUCAGUAGAUUAGAUUGCUACUGUAAUGUGUUUAUUUUAUUUUUUUUUACAAAAAACAAAUGUUCACUGUAACAGUUUUGCGAAUACAGUAUAUCACUUCAGGAUCAUGCUUUACCUGCAUGUGUCUUGCAUGUGUAUUUGAUGACAGUGAGAGUACAGUGGCCACGUCAGCAUCAUGUGGCAGGAGUGUACGAACAGUGUUGUGUUGUUCUCUCCAGGAAAUCUGAUGUAGAAAAUGUUGUUCUUGUGUAAAUUAUGCUGUAAAAUAUUUUAGAUUGUAUUAUUUAUGUUUAAGAAACUAAAGACUAACCCCAUAAUUUUAUGUAUAAAAAAAUAAAAAAUAAAAAAAGCCCUCUGGUUUCUUUAUUG